AUGAACCGCCUCUUCGGCACCACCUCCAAGUCCACCGCCGCCCAAAAACCAACCCUCACAACCGCCAUCUCCAGUCUCGACACGCGCCUCAGUUCCAUCGACGUGAAGCUCGCCUCCCUAACCGCCGAACUCUCAGGUUACCAAACGAAACUCAGCAAAAUGCGAGACGGCCCGGGAAAAACCGCCCUAAAACAAAAAGCGCUCAAAGUCCUGCGGCAGCGCAAGCAGUACGAGGCGCAGCGCGACCAGAUCCAGUCGCAGGUGUGGAACAUGGAGCAGGCGCAGACGAUGCAGGACAACCUCAAGAACACGAUGGUGACGAUCGACGCUUUGAAGACGACGAACAAGCAGCUGAAAAAAGAGUAUGGGAAGGUGGACUUGGACAAGAUUGAACGACUGCAGGACGAGAUGGCGGAUUUGCUGGAUGUGGGGAAUGAGAUCCAGGAGAGCCUGGCCAGGAGCUAUGAGGUUCCCGAAGAUGUGGAUGAAGAUGAGCUGGAUGCAGAGCUGGAGGCGCUGGGCCAAGAGGUGGAAUUGGAGAGGGAGAUGUAUGGGAGUGGAUUGGAGGGGGCCGGUGGGGUGCCGAGUUUUAUGCAGGAUGAGGUACCGGAGUUUGUGGAUGAGGAGCCUAAGGUGGGAGGGAAGGUUAAGGAGGUUGCUGGUUAG